GAACGAUGACGCAACACGCCGCGCUGUUCAUCUCCGGUCCUCUGUCGCCCCGCCUGGCUUCUUUUGUUUCCGAGUGACAGAAUUCUGUAUGUCGUCGCGGCGCCGAAACAGGUGACCUGAUUUGGUUUUGACCUUGGAGAAGAGUCUGAAAAGCAGAAUGUGACCCCAUCGACGGCUACGUCUGCUUUGGGUGUUUGAAUGGACCAGGUCUGCAAGGGGUCGUCGUUGCUGAGGGCCGUGCACUGCGCUGUCCUCCUGCAGCAAAGCACGGAGAAAGCAGGUGGUACAAAUGCACUGGCGCCUGAGCAUUGUGCAUCCCUGUCCUAGGGAUGUUUGAAGCAAGAUCCAUGAAUGUUGAGCAGAAGGGAACAGAGACCAUCACAGAUGUAUCCUGUAGUGAAAACAUGUUGGAGGACAGGCUUGUUGACCUCCUGGAAGAGCAGUUUCCUGAUUAUCGUCUGCAGGCAGACUCCCUGUACCUGUAUGACAGUCAAGACUGGGACCACCCAGCUGCCCGCUCUAAGGACACGGCCUUGAGCGCCCUGUCCCCUAUCCUGGCCGAAGAGACCUUCCGCUACAUGAUCCUCAGCUCAGGUCGUGUGGAGCAGAUGACCAAGACGUACAGUGACAUCGACAUGGUGACUCACUUGUUAGCUGAGAGGGACCGUGACCUUGAGCUUGCUGCACGAAUUGGCCAAUCUCUGCUUCAGCGUAACCAGAUUCUGACAGAGCGAAGUGAAUCCCUUGAGGAGCAGUUGGCACAAGCCUGUGACCAGUUAAAUCAGCUGCAGCAUGAACUGUCUAAGAAGGAUGAACUUCUCCGCAUGGUUGCUAGCACCUCUGAAGACAGCGAGUCAGAUUCUAGCUGCUCCACUCCACUGCGCCACAAUGAGUCUUUUAGCUGGACACAGGGGCUCAGCCAGCUUGAAGCAAUGCAAAACAAACUGCGGGACAUGGAGGAGGAGAACCUGGCCCUACGCUCAGAGGCCUGCCACCUGAAGACGGAGACUAUUACUUAUGAGGAAAAAGAACAGCAGCUGGUCAACGACUGUGUCAAAGAACUCAGGGAAUCUAACAGUCAGAUAAUUGCUCUAACAGAUGAACUGUCACACAAAAAUGAAGAACUAGUGAAACACCAGGAGGAGAUUGCUAAUCUGUUGUCUCAAAUCGUUGACCUGCAGCAACGAGUGAAGGAGCUGGCUAUUGAAAAGGAGGAACUGAGAAUUCACCUGCAGGCCUCCAAAGAAGCACAGCGGCAGCUCACAGCAGAGCUCAAUGACCUGCAAGAACGGAAUGUUGAGUGCCUGGGAAUGCUCCAUGAAUCCCAGGAAGAGGUCAGAGAGCUUCGGAGCAAGCCAGUAGCAACCAGCAGCCUGCGGCGCCACCCGUCCUAUGGCCUCUUCCCCAUGGAUUCACUCGCAGCUGAGAUCGAAGGGACAAUGCGUCGAGAACUUAGCCUAGAUGAAGAACUGGCCAUCAAGGACCAAAGGCAUAAACAGAAGCGGGUAUUUGAUACAGUGAAGAGCGUCAAUGAAUCGGCACGAUUGCACCCUAUGCCGACGCUUCCUCCACUACCAAUUCCUGGGUCAAACCAAACAAAUGUCAUCAUGACAGCUCAGCCAUUCAAAUCAGAGGUUCACAAAGAGCAGCAACUAGGAGAAAAGAAUGGUUGCUCAGAUAACCAUAGUGAUGACCAAGAGCACGAUGUGUCUGACACACCUAGAGAUAGCGACUUGGCGACUGCACUGCACCGGCUCUCUUUGCGCAGGGAUAACUACCUGAGUGAACGACAGUUCUUUGAGGAUGAACGGCAACGUAAGCUUAAGGCCUUGGCAGAAGGGGGUGAUGAAAGCAGUGGUUGCAGCACACCCAAUGGCAGUGUUUUUUCUGCAAUAACAACCCACACAGACAGCACAGAACUCACUGUGGCCUCCAACUGCUUCCGGACAUUCCUGCCUGAGAAACUACAAAUUGUCAAGCCAAUAGAAGGUUCUCAGACCCUUCACCAGUGGCAGCAGCUGGCUCAACCACACUUGGCCACCAUUCUGGAUUCCCGGCCGGGUGUGGUCACCAAAGGAUUUAAGCCACUAAAGCUAGAUGUAGAAUACUGCUUCUCUGAUUUGGAGGAAGAUGAAGAGGUUCCCCCAGAGACAGAGAAGGAGGAUGAGGAGGAAGAAGAUGAAGAAGGAGGCAUCACCUUCAAUGUCCACUGCAGCUCAACUCCAGAAGAAAAGAGCCGAGCACGCACAGAGGAGCGCCGUCCUGCAAGCAUCUUCCUGCCCACCACUCAAGUCGUUGGCUCAUCUCCGUCCACUUCAGCACUUAAUCCUGGAAAGUGUCAGAGCUCAACAUUCUCCACCUACACAUUCACCACCUGCCGUAUCCUCCAUCCCUCGGCCAUCACUCAGGUCACCCCCAGCUCAAUGCAUGCUCCUGGAUCUUCUGGAGACAGCACUCCCAGCUCGCUGAGGACUGGGCCCAGUACUCCAGUGACCGCCUGCCGCCUGAGUCUGGGAGAGUCCUUUACUCAUCAGCGGAGCUCCUGUACUCUCAGCCGCACGUAUGGCCUUGCACAACUUCUGCAAGACAGAGGCAUCUCUGCCCAGGCGUACACCACCCCUGUGUCAAAACUGUUUGUAGUCGAAAGCCCUAAGAAGGCUCCCACAAUGCCCUCUACACCCCCUAAUUCCCCAACUCAGUCCUCUGUGGCGUCACCUGUACCUUUUGAACCCCGGUCAAGCACCGACAACUUCCUGGCUUCACGGCCAGCUGAGAUCGUUCUGCAGGAGGUAUACGGCCUAAAGCCCAAUAGGGUGAGAGGCGAUCUUUUCCAGCACAAGGUGAAUCUUGUGGAGCGGCUGCGGCGCCUUGGGUUUGCCAAAGUAUUGAAGGGAGCACCCGAGAGGGGUCUGCGGAGGCAGGAGUCUGCUCUCUUUGUAGCUCCUAGUUCUGGAAGCCUCCUUGAUGGGCUGCGAAGGAAUCAGAGCUUACCAGUCUUGAUUGGAGGACUAGGGCCACAGGUCAGUGGGCCACCUGCUCUGGAUGUCACUCAGAAGGAAAGCCCCUCUGGGGUCAAGUUGCCAGCAGCGCAGUGAGUGUGACUGAGUCUGCCCUGCCCUCAAAGUGGCCGAAUGAGGAUGUUAGCUGGGAUACCGUCUGCUGUGGAAAUGUGGAGAACUCCAGAAGCUGUGGGAUUUCCUAGGAGUUGAGAGCUUUCCAAAAUUCAGCUGGCUAGAAAACCAUUGGCUGGUGCUUGUGCAUCAGAGGCUGCCGAGUUAUUUUACUGCGUACCUGAAGAGAUUGUGCAAAGGAAAGUGAGAGAAGGACAGAGUAUGUGUUGAGAAAAGGAGUUUAGGACAUUGUUGGGAAGAAGAGGAAGAGUGUGUUUGGGAAUGAGGAGAGGAGAACUUGGAGAGAAAAGAAAGAUUCAGAAGUAGAAAAACUAUGACAUGGAAUACUUGGCAGAUGCAAUAAUGGUUUAGCUUUCCAAAGACCUGCUCUGUAGGGCUUGCUGGUGGUGACAGGGUCACAACGGUUUUCCUAGUGUAAAGUGGGUAGAUACCUCCUGUGUUUUCCAAGAAGGCUGCUCCCCACAUGUGGCUCGGCCCUAGGCAUCCUGUUUUAUCCUGAGCUGUUAGAACAAUUCACGUUCAAGUGCACUAAGUCAAGCAAGAAACGUUUUAUAGCAUCCUGCAGAAUAAUCCUAUGAAAACAGCAGCCUAUGCGUUAUUGUGUACUUUUCAUCAGGGCUCCGCACCAAACUGAUCCCACAUCCCUUCGUUUGGCUUGAUUUAUCACAGGCUGGCCUUUUUUGUUGUAACGCUCUUCUAGUUCACAUUCAGUUCCAAAGCGUUUUCAUAUGCCAACCUUGUUUCACCAAAGUGUUAGUUUCUGGUAUACUGGAAUUGGAUUUUUACACCCCCUGCUGUCUGAUCUUUUCAUUUUUAAUCCAGCACUUUCAUCUUUUAGACUUCCCACCCUGACAAGUGAGUGAUGCAUCACAAGGGUCCCGUAGUAUUCAUCAUUCAUGCACCUAAGAUCUUCUUACUCUGAUUGGUUAAACACCACCUGUAGAUAAAUGUCCGUCAUGCCAGCCCCUCCUAAAGUGGCGGCCAGCCUGGUGCUUUGUAAAGGCAGCUACAAUUUGCCCUCUUUAACCUCUUCGGUGACCCCCUAGCAGGACCAUGAAGGUCCAUUUAUCUUGGACUCCAUGGCACAUAUUAUUUUAAACUACUGCAGGGCGCCCAGAAAAAAAGGGAAAAAAGCACAAAUGUUGUUCCAUUUUUGCACAGUGGAACCUCAGGAAAUCGAGUUAAGUGUCAAUAAGGCCAUGUCAUCUUAGGGAGUGACAUGGAGGUACAUAGAAGGGACAGGACAUUUUGCUCUUUCUUACGGCUUUGGCUUGCAUGGCUCCCCAGUACUGAUUUUUUUUUCCCCACUUUGGCUUAAUUUUAGAUUGAAACAUCUUCAUAAUUGUGAAAUAUUUUGUAUUGCAGCUUGCUUAGUAUUAAUUUAUAACAGCCAGACUGGCACACGAAGGUCACUACUGCCUGGAAUUUGUCACCUGAGAGAGAUGGCAGCUGAUUGGGUUGCAGGAGCAGGUGGGAGGUGGCAAGUGACCGAUGGAGACGCGCGCGGUGUGAGCCCCGAGACGAGAAGGUCCAAAAGGUGAGACCUUCAUAGAGUGGUUUGCACCUCUCAUGCAUGUCAGUGUAUGUGAGGUCCAAUUCAUUGUGGAUGACAAAGAAUGGGUUUACCAAAAGGGAGCACCUGGAAAUUUCCAGAAAGCCAGAGUUCUAUUUUUCUUUUUUGCAGCUUAAACAUCUGAAAAAUGGCUCAACAAUAAAAGAUAUGAAGGAAUUAUGAUCCCCAGAUUCUGUCCUUGUUAUGUUUAAAGGAUCUUGUUACUGCAUGAAAACCGUAAACGUGAGGACGUCUUGUGUAGCUUUGUCCUCGGCCUUUUCUGAUUUUCAGUUUUUACUAAGUGUUAUGAAAAUCCUUUGUACUUCUCCUUACGAUUUUCUCCCUUGGCAAAUAAACGAGGUACUUGAAUUCAAGUGCUCUGGAGAA